AACGAAUUCCGUAAUUCGUAUUUCGAGUUUUGUGUUUUUUAUUGAGACCCGAAUCGAACGGCUAUGACUAUGCCUAUCACUCGGUUACCGAUAAGUGGCGACUAUCAGCAGGCAGAUUAAGUGCAGGUUUUAUCAGCCCGCUGGCGAGUUAGGGAGUCCAAGGGGUAUCCCAUAGCGCCUAGCCAGUCGCCAUGGGCAGUCGAGCGACAGAGGAACCCAUUCCCGAUCUGAACCCGGCCAACCUUACCCUCGAGGAGCGCCUGGGAUUGGGCCAGGAAUACGACUGGGACUGGAGUGGCACUCUGGUCCAGAGCUGGGAGUCUCUGCUGCUGAUCCUGACCACCUUCUGGUGUAUCCUCCUGGCCAGAGUGGUGACCCACAGGCUGCGUCUCCAUGGCUCCCCCAAUCUCUGCUAUGCGGUGGAGUUUGUCCUGGUCAUCCUGCCCUGCAUUCUGCUCGUUACAGUAGCCGUGGAUUAUAGCAGCUACAUUGGAGUGGUGAUCUUCGUGGUCACCUUGUGGUUCCUGCGGAGGAGUAGGGCCUUGCACCUGGCUCGAACUCGCAGCCAGUUCGACUUGGGUGGCAAUCGACCCAUGGCUCUGUCCGUUCUGCGUGCCCUCACCCACCUGAUCACCGCCAUCUGCAUUCUGGCCAUCGACUUUGGCAGCUUCUAUAGACCCUAUCGGAAGAGCAGGCAGUACGGAGCCAAGCUAAUGGACACUGGCAUUGGUCUGUUCGUAUUCACCAUGGCCAUGGUGUCCCGGAGGUCCAGACACUUGUCUGAUUUCCGGAGGAGUGUGAUAUACUCAGCCAUGCCUCUGAUCCUCUUGGGACUGGCUCGCACUGUGGCCAUUUUGACACUGGGCUAUGGACAGGAUGCUCACGAGUACGGGCAGCAUCUGAAUGCCUUCUUUACUUUGGGAUUUACCAAGUUCCUGGGAGCUCUGGUCAGCCUUCUGGCUCGCAGGGAUCUGCAUUUGCUGCCUCUGGGGCUUGGUCUCUUGCUGAUCCACCAGUUUGGCCUGAGUUUCCUGGGCAUGUCCGACUAUGUGAUGAACGAGGAUGUGGAGCGCUCCAACCUAUUCAAUGCGAAUCGCGAGGGUCUGGUCUCCUUGCCAGGAUUUGUGUCUUUGUACUUGCUGUCCAUAUAUGUGAAUCGCUGGAUGGUGGCCUCCAGUCUGCUCAGCUACUCCGAGUUGGUCAGGAAGCUGCGGCGUCUCUUCUACGUGGUGCUGAUCCUCUGGAGCUUGUUCGUCAUCUGUGCCUACGGAAUUGGAAUCUCCAGAGUGAUCUGCAAUCUUGGCUAUGUCGUAUGGAUGCUGGCCAUCGGGUGCACCACUUUGUGGGCCAGCUUUGGAGCCAUAGACUUUGUGAUCAACAGUGUGAUGCCGUGGGAAGCGAAUCCCUCAGAGGAUCAGGAGAAGGGUUUGCUGACAGGAGAUUCUCCGGCCAAGGGAAGGGAUAGGUCCAUUGUUCCAUUUACCAUCAAUCAGGCCCUGAACCAAAACGGAUUGACUUUCUUUCUGGUGGCCAAUGUAUUAACCGGUGGGGUGAACAUGUUCCUCAGGCCAGAAGAUCGCUCCAACUUUGAGUCGGUGAUUAUCCUGCUAGUCUACAUGUUCCUGGGCACUAAAAUGGCCCACGAAUUGCUAAAGAGGGGAAUUCGAUUAGCCUAAUAUGCACUUUGUGUUUCUGUGAUUUAAAUGAAUUUAGUGUAAAUAUAUUACUAGUAAUAUUUGUAACAAGUAUGCCAUUUGUAAUAGUGAUACAAUGUGGAAUUUUAAUUGGAGUAUUUUUUAUGGCAUGGCUUUUGUCUAUCUUUAUGGACUUGCCAACCAACUUAUUGGUUUGAUAAGCUUGUUUAACUAUCCGCACAAUUUGUGACUUUCGUUAAACGAUUAGGUGUCAUAUUGGACAGUUAUUUAUUGGUUUGGACUCCUUUUUGAAAGGUGGCCUGAGAAAUGUACUAUCAGUUAUCAGUUGACAGUAAACGCAAUAUAUAA